GACUAUAGGGUUGUAUCCAGAUGCUUCCAGAUUUGGAAUUUUCUUUGCUGUUGUCUUAGCAUCUCAUAUAAUUGGUGAACUACUGACACUUGUUAUACUUGGAGUGGUUCAAAACCCAAAUAUUGUCCAAAGCGGAGUGGUGCUACUUAAUUCAGCAGGUGUGAUAGUGGGAACGGGACUAGUAAGGACCAUUGAAGAAAUGCCGACACCUUUUAAAAUACUCGGUUAUCUCACCUUUCAGAAAUACAGCAGUGAAGUUCUUAUAGUCAAUGAAUUUUAUGGCUUAAACUUCACAUGUGGUAAGUCCAGCGGCUCCACUGCAACUAAUCCUGCUGCAUGUGCCUUCUCUCAGGGCGUUCAGUUCAUCGAAAAAAACUUCCCUGGUGCAUUGUCCCGGUUCACAACCGAUUUCCUAGUACUCUAUGCUUUUCUACCAGGACUUGCCAUUAUAGCAGUGCUGAGCUUCAAAAUAAGAGAGACAAUUGUUGCCAGGCAAUGA